CUUGGCUUUUACACAUAAAGUAAACUAACUCAUACUUUGGUCCUGAAGAGUUAGCUUAUGUUGACCUAGAUAUACUUUGGUUCAUUUGAUAGAUCUACACACUUUCUUAGGGAUAACACUGCAGUCUUAAAAGGUACAAUGGGGCUUGGCGAGACAUCAUUAACUUGGAGGUUCUCUUUCCUCUUAAUGUUUAUUGGACUUUUUGCCAUGAUCGCUGCUGUGGCAUCAUCCUACAUGGCAGCAUCUGAUGUUAUACCCAACAGAGAACGGCACAUAGGCUUCUGGGACAUGUGUGAUGAUACACUGACAUAUGGCUGCAAGGACAUGACUGAAUACCUACACCGCUUAGGGCGAAACUUUGACUGGGUGCAUGCAUGCAGGGCUCUUGUCAUCAUAGGAAUUAUUAUUGAGGCCAUAUCUAUGUUGAUAUCACUGUACAUGGCCUACAUGGUAUCAGGGACACACCUUGGUAACCUCAUCACAGCUGGAGCCAACUGUUUAUCUGUUGUGUUUAUUCUCAUUGGUGGACUUGUAUUUUUGGUCAACGCCAUGGAAGUAUUGGAGACAACCCUGGAGAUGGACUCAGACCCCUCCUGGUCAUUUGCACUCCUCAUUUUAGCCCAAGGGUUUUACCUCAUCGCUGCGGGCUUACUGAUAUUUGAUGCCUGUCGAUCUAAUUGAUCACAUCAAACAUAUCUUAGAGAUCUCAUAUAAAACAGUCAGUGGUGAUUUCACCUUCUUGAUACUGCAUAACUAUUUAGAAAUUUUAGUUGAGACCUCAGCUGUGUAACAAUAUUUAGAGGACACUUUUUCAAUAGUUGAAUUACAUUUUCAGUUGUCAUAUUAUUUGAGUAAUGUUUUUUGGUUGUUGUGAUGGCCAAAAAAAAAAAAAAGAAAUUUAACUAUACAGUUUUGUCCCUUGGCUCUUCUAUCAGGACUAUAGUGUAUAUUAUAUUUUCCUGAGGUAUUUCAAGACAAUAUGAGAAUCAUUAUACUGAGGUAAUAAGAUAGAAGGCCAGUUAAGAUUAUUCUUGCUUUAUAUUGCUUCUUUUCUUUUGUUUUUGGGGACUCAAUCUGUACAAUUUUGCUUUUCCUUACUUAAAAGUCCUUUUUUUUUUUUAAUUUUAUAAGCAGUUUUUUUUCUUCAUUUGUAAAGAAAAUGAAAUUAUAUUCUUUUUAAAAUGCAUUUGCAUUUCUAAGUUGAGUCUUGGGUUGUGCAAGUUAUCAAAUUACAUUCCUGGAUCAGCCUAUGGAAUCUAUGUAGAAAACUGAUGUUUAAACCAUUGGCUUUGGUUGUGUUUGACUUUUAAGUCAGUUGAUGUUGGGUUUCAUUUUCUUCAUUAGUGUAGUUUUAUUGAAAGAAAAAGACAUGGAAAUUGAUUACAUUCUUCUUUCAGUGCAUAGAUUUUUAACAGGUUUUAUUUAUGGUUCUAUUGUUGGUCAGCUAUAGGUUGUUAAUGAAGAAUGAUAUUAUCCUUUUUAAUGUGCAGGUUUUUGAAAACAAAUAUAUUUCUUGAUACAUUCCAUACAUUUCCAUAGUUUGAUCUAUUUUUAUGUAUAUAUUGACAAAUGUAUAUUAAGAAUAUUUUUUCUACACUAGUGUUGUCAUUUGUAUGUAUGUAUAAAAAUAUCUUUGCAGAAUAUGGUGUUCCAUACUUUUAUGUGUAACUUGUACAAAUCAUCAAUUGAUGGUACUGUGAAAUGAAACUGAUAGCACUUGACCACUUAUUAUUUUUGUAAAUUAGAGUCAUUUGAUUAAUUUCUAUGUUUCACAAUUUACUCCUUUUACAAAAUUUGCACUAUUCAAUAUUUUGGUGUCAAAUUCCUGAAAAGAUUCACUUGUCUAAUUUUUUCUCAUUUUGUUUAAUAAAAUUAAUUAUAGGAACUGUAAUUUUUUUGUUUGCUUCACAGAAUACUGUAUGUAUUUUUUUAUGUUAGCAUUUGCAUUCUUUACUAUGUACCUUGGUAUAACUUUUUUUGAAGAUUUAAAAUUAAUGUCAAAUAUUUGCAAUUAUUAACUGAAUUUUUAUUGAAAUAAAAACUUAUAAAAAAAACUUUUUUUUUUUUAUUAUUGAAGUAUAUUAGUGUUUGUUUUUUUAAAUAUAACGGUAUUGCAAAAUUGUACCUGUUAUUGAUUCAAAGGUUCAAUGUCAUUAUAUAAAGUAAUUUGUCUGUGUGUCCUGAAAUCCUUAAGUCCAAAUUAUGUUAUGUGUAAUUCAGCAUGUGGUUGAUUAAAUGCAUGUUUAAUUUUGAUCUUGUGUACACCUAUUUUUGUUAGUUUCAAAUUAGUUUAAAACAAUUUUUUUUUUUUUUAAUUUGUCAAAGUUAAAUUGUGUUGGCAUCUGGAAAAAAAAAACAAAUGCUAUAUCAAAUGUAGGCUUCUUUUUUUUUAAAGAACUUAUCAAGUUUGGAAAUUCCGAAACAACAUUUGCGUGCCAGUGGGUCUAUAAGAAUAGAUUGAGUGAAUUGAGGUGAAUUUGAUGUCAUUGUAAGUUUCAUGUUAUCUGACUAAAGUGAUUGUGCCUAUUACAUUGUUCUAUAAAACAUUCCAUGAAUCAUUUUAUAUAUAUAUUUUUUUUAAUGAAGUAUACUACAGCUACUGCUGAUCUGUAUAAAUUUUCUGAAUGCAAUCUUGUCAUUAUGAGCUCAUUAUGCUAUUUUUUCUCAAUUAUUGACAUUUUUUGUUACUAGAUAUUUAUCAAAUACAUUCAUGUCUGGCCUUUUUGAGCAGCUAUCAACAUGUGUGCUAACUAGCUAAGCCCUGAUAAGGUUUGGUAUUCUCCCAAACUUUUUUCUGUGCUUUGUUUUUUUUUUGUUUUGUUUGGUACACUUUUAUCUUUCUAACUUUGUCCUUUAUGAACUCAACAUAGUGGCAGGUUUUGAGACAUUAGUUGGGGAGGGGGGAGAGGGCAGAGGUUGUCAUUGGCUACAAUUCAAACCCUGAUAGUUAAUUCCAGCACCACCAGCUUCAGGGGCUAGUGACAAAAUUUAAAAAUGGACAUAUUUUAUCUCUGACCAACUCAGUGCAAACAUCUUUUAAAUUGUCACAUAUUUAGGUUUGUUGAUGAAUAAAAUAUCAAAGUUAAUUUUAGAAAGUACUCUGAUAGUCGUAGGGAACACAAGUAAAUGUGCUGAUUGUUGUGGACGGUUGUUGACUUGUAGCACCAAACUUCUGGUAGACAACUAAACCAGCUGUUGGCGUAUUAGAUCUUAAUUGAUAAAACUUAAAUAACUUAAUGACUUCUUUUGGUGAACAAAACUCAAUGGAACUUUUAUUACAAUAUAAACAAAUUCAACUUGAGAUAAUAAAUAUAGUAGACUUGAGUCAUAAUAUAAAAUAUUAUCAUGAACCAGAAUCUAACUACAGUAACACGUCCAUUCAGUCUGGUGUUCAGAAGUCAUCUGUCCUAAGACUGCUGACAUAGUGAUGUUUAUCUUGCAUCAUUCACAACCAAUGACUAACCUCUUCCCAUUCUCUCCAUAGAAACACACACACGCUCAUGGUUCAUAGUUCAUCUCCCCUUUUGUUAUUUGUAGUACGUUUUUUUUAUUUCCUUAUUAGCUGUACAUGUCUCAACAUUCCGGAAGUGUAUUUCUUUGGUGCUCAGGCGUUUUUAUAUGAAAAUUCUUAAUCAACAGUUAUCUUUAAGGAAGAUACAUUAUGUUUAAAAUUGUUAGUAGAUCUACAUAUUUUAAUACAUUUUUAAUCAAAGUUGUGUCUAUGAUGUACUGAUUUCAGAAGGGGGAGACCAUGAGUACCAACGCUUUUCUUAAUUCUUAAAUACGUUAAACAUUGAGCAUGUUAUUUGGAAUCUGGAGUCUUAAUGUAUUUGCAUUUAUUGAAUGCUAAAUGACUAUACUGUUUAGCUAUGUCUUGUGAAUAAAUUUGUUCUCAUACAUUUACGCGUUUGUGUUUGUCAAAAUAUAAAUGAGUUUGUAAUUAAACCCAUUUACCAUC